AUGUACAAGAUUUUAACAAAGACACUCAAACUUGCGGCCAUAUUGCUCCUGAUAUUUUCAAAGACAAUAAACCCCUCGUCUACACCUUCAGUAGGUGACAAUACAGCAGAUAAUUCUAUAUCGUCCGAUGGUGAAGUAUUAGACAAUGUUACUUCUACAACAGACAAUGUUUUCUCAACCAAAAGUGUUCAUAAUGCUACUUUUAUCUCUUCGGAAACCACAACGAUCAGUAAAAGUAGUACUGUUUCCGAUGAGAUAGAACUCAGCACCACUUCUAGUAGCAAAUUAACAGAAAGUACAAGUUCUUCGAUAGCAAACAUUACUGGUGUUUUUUCUCAAACAACCGAUGAAACAAUAGCAAUACCGACAACAAAUAUAUCUUCUUCUACAACAUCAGAAAAACAAUCAACGGUAACUGGAACUGAUUUGACAACAGAAACGUCAACAAAUACUCAGCCUGAAUCAUCAGCAUCUAUAUCUACUUUAAAAGAAUCCACCACAACAGAUAUAUUCACGACUUUUACAGAUAGAAGCCGAAUCGAAACGACAAGUGAACAAAACAGUACAACAUUGAAUCCUUCAAGUUCAUCAUAUACAACCACUGAAGAGUCGCCUUCUAACGUCUUCUAUCAACAACUUACAAAUACGAUAUCAGAAGAAACUACACAAAUCUCAACUGAAAACACAACCGAGUCACUCGCAAUAGGCUUAAAGUCCACUACAUCUGCGGAAAUAUCAUCAUCCUCAACCAUAUCAGCAAAUGCAGAAAAUAUAACUGGAUCGAACAUAAUAAGCGAAACCACGACCAUCGAGGCACCUACAACUUACGAAACUUCCAAAAUCAUGAGUUCUUCCAUAGAAACUGGCAUAUCUUCCACUAGAUUUGUUGAUGAAUCUACAAUAUCUGAUGAAACAAUUACAACUGCUUUCACAAGACUGGACGAUACAUCAACAGAAGGCAAAACUGAUGAGAGUACAAUUUUGCCUUACAUUGUCGAAUUUACGUCUACUACAAAUGAAGUGUCAAAUUUUGAAACAACUGUAGAAAAACAAGCAAACACAUCUUACAGUACCUCACAGUCUGUAACAGACCUACAAAGGUCCGAAGAAAUGUCAACAUUUGCUUCGGUAUCUAGACAAAACACAACUGACACAGUAAGUCAUAACAGUGCUUCCUCAGAAAUAUAUUCAACAGAAACAUUAACAAAUAAUAUUUUGCUUUCAAGUUCAACGUCAGAACCACACUCAACGAUAAUCGGAGCAGAAAGUACAACCGAUUAUGAGACUUCCUCCUUUCAAAACUCCAACCAAAUGACUUCUGAGCUUCUAAUGACAUCAGAAACAAAUGCAUAUUCGAAACCAUCUGAGAAAAUAUCCACAUUUUCAACUAGUGAAGAAAACACAAGUGCCUCUUCCUCUGUAACAAGCAUGAAAGCAAUCUCCGAAACAAGCUUGACAACGUCCGAAGAUAUAAAAACGUCACUUACAAGUACAACAUAUGAAACUUCCGAAAUGAUGAGCCCAACAACAAGUGUGAAACCGGAGUCUUCUAGUAGCACUGAGAAUGCCACUGUAUCUGUAGAAACGUCUCCAACCAUUUCGACUACUCUAGAAAUCAGCUCAACUGAAAGAGUAAGUGAGGAAAGUACCACUCCGACUACGCCUGUUGAAAGUACAACUUUUGAGACUUCCUCUUCUGUAAGCUCAACAGAGAGUACAAAUGAGACUCUAACUACCACAGAAACAAGUACAUAUUCCACAACAUCUGAGGAAUUAUCAACAUUUUCAACUUCUUCUGCUAGUGAGGAAAGUACAAGUGCCUCAUCCUCUGACACCAGCGUGGAACCAAGCAUGACAACAUCUGAAGACACAACAACAACACCACUUACAAGUACAACAUAUGAGACUUCCGGAAUGGUGAGCUCAACAACAAGUGUGACAACGGAGUCUUCCAGUAGCACUGAGGGUGCCACAAUAUCUGUAGAAACGUCUCCAACCAUUUCGACUACUCUAGAAAUCAGCUCAGCUGAAAGAGUAAGUGAGGAAAGUACCACCCCGACUACGCCUGUUGAAAGUACAACUUUUGAGACUUCCUCUUCUGCAAGCUCAACAGAGAGUACAAAUGAGACUCUAACUACCACAGGAGCAAGUACAUAUUCCACAACAUCUGAGGAAUUAUCAACAUUUUCAACUUCUUCUGCUAGUGAGGAAAGCUCAAGUGCCUCAUCCUCUGUAACAAGCUUGGAAACAAGCACGAAGACAUCUGAAGACACAACAACAACGCCACUUACAAGUACAACAUAUGAAACUUCCGGAAUGGUGAGCUCAACAACAAGUGUGACAACGGAGUCUUCCAGUAGCACUGAGGGUGCCACAAUAUCUGUAGAAACGUCUCCAACCAUUUUGACUACUCUAGAAAUCAGCUCAACUGAAAGAGUAAGUGAGGAAAGUACCACUCCGACUACGCCUGUUGAAAGUACAACUUUUGAGACUUCCUCUUCUGCAAGCUCAACAGAGAGUACAAAUGAGACUUUAACUAAGACAGGAGCAAGUACAUAUUCCACAACAUCUGAGGAAUUAUCAACAUUUUCAACUUCUUCUGCUAGUGAGGAAAGCACAAGUGCCUCAUCCUCUGUAACAAGCUUGGAAACAAGCACGAAGACAUCUGAAGACACAACAACAACACCACUUACAAGUACAACAUAUGAGACUUCCGGAAUGGUGAGCUCAACAACAAGUGUGACAACGGAGUCUUCCAGUAGCACUGAGGGUGCCACAAUAUCUGUAGAAACGUCUCCAACCAUUUCGACUACUCUAGAAAUCAGCUCAACUGAAAGAGUAAGUGAGGAAAGUUCCACUCCGACUACGCCUGUUGAAAGUACAACUUUUGAGACUUCCUCUUCUGCAAGCUCAACAGAGAGUACAAAUGAGACUCUAACUACCACAGGAGCAAGUACAUAUUCCACAACAUCUGAGGAAUUAUCAACAUUUUCAACUUCUUCUGCUAGUGAGAAAAGCACAAGUGCCUCAUCCUCUGUAACAAGCUUGGAAACAAGCUCGAAGACAUCUGAAGACACAACAACAACGCCACUUACAAGUACAACAUAUGAAACUUCCGGAAUGAUGAGCUCAACAACAAGUGUGACAACGGAGUCUUCCAGUAGCACUGAGGGUGCCACAAUAUCUGUAGAAACGUCUCCAACCAUUUCAACUACUCUAGAAAUCAGCUCAACUGAAAGAGUAAGUGAGGAAAGUUCCACUCCCACUACGCCUGUUGAAAGUACAACUUUUGAGACUUCCUCUUCUGCAAGCUCAACAGAGAGUACAAAUGAGACUCUAACUACCACAGGAGCAAGUACAUAUUCAACAACAUCUGAGGAAUUAUCAACAUUUUCAACUUCUUCUGCUAGUGAGGAAAGUACAAGUGCCUCAUCCUCUGUAACAAGCUUGGAAACAAGCACGAAGACAUCUGAAGACACAACAACAACGCCACUUACAAGUACAACAUAUGAAACUUCCGGAAUGGUGAGCUCAACAACAAGUGUGACAACGGAGUCUUCCAGUAGCACUGAGGGUGCCACAAUAUCUGUAGAAACGUCUCCAACCAUUUCGACUACUCUAGAAAUCAGCUCAACUGAAAGAGUAAGUGAGGAAAGUUCCACUCCCACUACGCCUGUUGAAAGUACAACUUUUGAGAGUUCCUCUUCUGUAAGCUCAACAGAGAGUACAAAUGAGACUCUAACUACCACAGGAGCAAGUACAUAUUCCACAACAUCUGAGGAAUUAUCAACAUUUUCAACUUCUUCUGCUAGUGAGGAAAGCACAAGUGCCUCAUCCUCUGUAACAAGCUUGGAAACAAGCACGAAGACAUCUGAAGACACAACAACAACAUCACUUACAAGUACAACAUAUGAGACUUCCGGAAUGGUGAGCUCAACAACAAGUGUGACAACGGAGUCUUCCAGUAGCACUGAGAGUGCCACAAUAUCUGUAGAAACGUCUCCAACCAUUUCGACUACUCUAGAAAUCAGUUCAGCUGAAAGAGUAAGUGAGGAAAGUACCACCCCGACUACGCCUGUUGAAAGUACAACUUUUGAGACUUCCUCUUCUGUAAGCUCAACAGAGAGUAUAAUUGAGACUCUAACUACCACAGGAGCAAGUACAUAUUCCACAACAUCUGAGGAAUUAUCAACAUUUUCAACUUCUUCUGCUAGUGAGGAAAGUACAAGUGCCUCAUCCUCUGUAACAAGCUUGGAAACAAGCACGAAGACAUCUGAAGACACAACAACAACGCCACUUACAAGUACAACAUAUGAAACUUCCGGAAUGGUGAGCUCAACAACAAGUGUGACAACGGAGUCUUCCAGUAGCACUGAGGGUGCCACAAUAUCUGUAGAAACGUCUCCAACCAUUUUGACUACUCUAGAAAUCAGCUCAACUGAAAGAGUAAGUGAGGAAAGUACCACUCCGACUACGCCUGUUGAAAGUACAACUUUUGAGACUUCCUCUUCUGCAAGCUCAACAGAGGGUACAAAUGAGACUUUAACUAAGACAGGAGCAAGUACAUAUUCCACAACAUCUGAGGAAUUAUCAACAUUUUCAACUUCUUCUGCUAGUGAGGAAAGCACAAGUGCCUCAUCCUCUGUAACAAGCUUGGAAACAAGCACGAAGACAUCUGAAGACACAACAACAACGCCACUUACAAGUACAACAUAUGAAACUUCCGGAAUGGUGAGCUCAACAACAAGUGUGACAGCGGAGUCUUCCAGUAGCACUGAGGGUGCCACAAUACCUGUAGAAACGUCUCCAACCAUUUCGACUACUCUAGAAAUCAGCUCAGCUGAAAGAGUAAGUGAGGAAAGUACCACCCCGACUACGCCUGUUGAAAGUACAACUUUUGAGACUUCCUCUUCUGCAAGCUCAACAGAGAGUACAAAUGAGACUCUAACUACCACAGGAGCAAGUACAUAUUCCACAACAUCUGAGGAAUUAUCAACAUUUUCAACUUCUUCUGCUAGUGAGGAAAGCACAAGUGCCUCAUCCUCUGUAACAAGCUUGGAAACAAGCACGAAGACAUCUGAAGACACAACAACAACACCACUUACAAGUACAACAUAUGAAACUUCCGGAAUGGUGAGCUCAACAACAAGUGUGACAACGGAGUCUUCCAGUAGCACUGAGGGUGCCACAUUAUCUGUAGAAACGUCUCCAACCAUUUCGACUACUCUAGAAAUCAGCUCAACUGAAAGAGUAAGUGAGGAAAGUUCCACUCCCACUACGCCUGUUGAAAGUACAACUUUUGAGACUUCCUCUUCUGCAAGCUCAACAGAGAGUACAAAUGAGACUCUAACUACCACAGGAGCAAGUACAUAUUCCACAACAUCUGAGGAAUUAUCAACAUUUUCAACUUCUUCUGCUAGUGAGGAAAGUACAAGUGCCUCAUCCUCUGUAACAAGCUUGGAAACAAGCACGAAGACAUCUGAAGACACAACAACAACACCACUUACAAGUACAACAUAUGAGACUUCCGGAAUGGUGAGCUCAACAACAAGUGUGACAACGGAGUCUUCCAGUAGCACUGAGGGUGCCACAAUAUCUGUAGAAACGUCUCCAACCAUUUCGACUACUCUAGAAAUCAGCUCAACUGAAAGAGUAAGUGAGGAAAGUUCCAAUCCCACUACGCCUGUUGAAAGUACAACUUUUGAGACUUCCUCUUCUGCAAGCUCAACAGAGAGUACAAAUGAGACUCUAACUACCACAGGAGCAAGUACAUAUUCCACAACAUCUGAGGAAUUAUCAACAUUUUCAACUUCUUCUGCUAGUGAGGAAAGUACAAGUGCCUCAUCCUCUGUAACAAGCUUGGAAACAAGCACGAAGACAUCUGAAGACACAACAACAACGCCACUUACAAGUACAACAUAUGAAACUUCCGGAAUGGUGAGCUCAACAACAAGUGUGACAUCGGAGUCUUCCAGUAGCACUGAGGGUGCCACAAUAUCUGUAGAAACGUCUCCAACCAUUUCGACUACUCUAGAAAUCAGCUCAACUGAAAUAGUAAGUGAGGAAAGUUCCAAUCCCACUACGCCUGUUGAAAGUACAACUUUUGAGAGUUCCUCUUCUGUAAGCUCAACAGAGAGUACAAAUGAGACUCUAACUACCACAGGAGCAAGUACAUAUUCCACAACAUCUGAGGAAUUAUCAACAUUUUCAACUUCUUCUGCUAGUGAGGAAAGUACAAGUGCCUCAUCCUCUGUAACAAGCUUGGAAACAAGCACGAAGACAUCUGAAGACACAACAACAACGCCACUUACAAGUACAACAUAUGAAACUUCCGGAAUGGUGAGCUCAACAACAAGUGUGACAGCGGAGUCUUCCAGUAGCACUGAGGGUGCCACAAUAUCUGUAGAAACGUCUCCAACCAUUUCGACUACUCUAGAAAUCAGCUCAACUGAAAGAGUAAGUGAGGAAAGUUCCACUCCCAUUACGCCUGUUGAAAGUACAACUUUUGAGACUUCCUCUUCUGUAAGCUCAACAGAGAGUACAAAUGAGACUCUAACUACCACAGGAGCAAGUACAUAUUCCACAACAUCUGAGGAAUUAUCAACAUUUUCAACUUCUUCUGCUAGUGAGGAAAGUACAAGUGCCUCAUCCUCUGUAACAAGCUUGGAAACAAGCACGAAGACAUCUGAAGACACAACAACAACGCCACUUACAAGUACAACAUAUGAAACUUCCGGAAUGGUGAGCUCAACAACAAGUGUGACAGCGGAGUCUUCCAGUAGCACUGAGGGUGCCACAAUAUCUGUAGAAACGUCUCCAACCAUUUCGACUACUCUAGAAAUCAGCUCAACUGAAAGAGUAAGUGAGGAAAGUUCCACUCCCAUUACGCCUGUUGAAAGUACAACUUUUGAGACUUCCUCUUCUGUAAGCUCAACAGAGAGUACAAAUGAGACUCUAACUACCACAGGAGCAAGUACAUAUUCCACAACAUCUGAGGAAUUAUCAACAUUUUCAACUUCUUCUGCUAGUGAGGAAAGUACAAGUGCCUCAUCCUCUGUAACAAGCUUGGAAACAAGCACGAAGACAUCUGAAGACACAACAACAACGCCACUUACAAGUACAACAUAUGAAACUUCCGGAAUGAUGAGCUCAACAACAAGUGUGACAACGGAGUCUUCCAGUAGCACUGAGGGUGCCACAAUAUCUGUAGAAACGUCUCCAACCAUUUCGACUACUCUAGAAAUCAGCUCAACUGAAAGAAGUACAAAUGAGACUCUAACUACCACAGGAGCAAGUACAUAUUCCACAACAUCUGAGGAAUUAUCAACAUUUUCAACUUCUUCUGCUAGUGAGGAAAGUACAAGUGCCUCAUCCUCUGUAACAAGCUUGGAAACAAGCACGAAGACAUCUGAAGACACAACAACAACGCCACUUACAAGUACAACAUAUGAAACUUCCGGAAUGGUGAGCUCAACAACAAGUGUGACAGCGGAGUCUUACAGUAGCACUGAGGGUGCCACAAUAUCUGUAGAAACGUCUCCAACCAUUUCGACUACUCUAGAAAUCAGCUCAACUGAAAGAGUAAGUGAGGAAAGUUCCACUCCCACUACGCCUGUUGAAAGUACAACUUUUGAGACUUCCUCUUCUGCAAGCUCAACAGAGAGUACAAAUGAGACUUUAACUAAGACAGGAGCAAGUACAUAUUCCACAACAUCUGAGGAAUUAUCAACAUUUUCAUCAUCUUCUGGUAGUGAGGAAAGCACAAGUGCCUCAUCCUCUGUAACAAGCUUGGAAACAAGCACGAAGACAUCUGAAGACACAACAACAACGCCACUUACAAGUACAACAUAUGAAACUUCCGGAAUGGUGAGCUCAACAACAAGUGUGACAACGGAGUCUUCCAGUAGCACUGAGGGUGCCACAAUAUCUGUAGAAACGUCUCCAACCAUUUCGACUACUCUAGAAAUCAGCUCAGCUGAAAGAGUAAGUGAGGAAAGUACCACCCCGACUACGCCUGUUGAAAGUACAACUUUUGAGACUUCCUCUUCUGCAAGCUCAACAGAGAGUACAAAUAAAACUCUAACUACCACAGGAGCAAGUACAUAUUCCACAACAUCUGAGGAAUUAUCAACAUUUUCAACUUCUUCUGCUAGUGAGGAAAGCACAAGUGCCUCAUCCUCUGUAACAAGCUUGGAAACAAGCACGAAGACAUCUGAAGACACAACAACAACACCACUUACAAGUACAACAUAUGAAACUUCCGGAAUGGUGAGCUCAACAACAAGUGUGACAACGGAGUCUUCCAGUAGCACUGAGGGUGCCACAAUAUCUGUAGAAACGUCUCCAACCAUUUCGACUACUCUAGAAAUCAGCUCAACUGAAAGAGUAAGUGAGGAAAGUUCCACUCCCACUACGCCUGUUGAAAGUACAACUUUUGAGACUUCCUCUUCUGCAAGCUCAACAGAGAGUACAAAUGAGACUCUAACUACCACAGGAGCAAGUACAUAUUCCACAUCAUCUGAGGAAUUAUCAACAUUUUCAACUUCUUCUGCUAGUGAGGAAAGUACAAGUGCCUCAUCCUCUGUAACAAGCUUGGAAACAAGCACGAAGACAUCUGAAGACACAACAACAACGCCACUUACAAGUACAACAUAUGAAACUUCCGGAAUGGUGAGCUCAACAACAAGUGUGACAGCGGAGUCUUCCAGUAGCACUGAGGGUGCCACAAUAUCUGUAGAAACGUCUCCAACCAUUUCGACUACUCUAGAAAUCAGCUCAACUGAAAGAGUAAGUGAGGAAAGUUCCACUCCCACUACGCCUGUUGAAAGUACAACUUUUGAGACUUCCUCUUCUGUAAGCUCAACAGAGAGUACAAAUGAGACUCUAACUACCACAGGAGCAAGUACAUAUUCCACAACAUCUGAGGAAUUAUCAACAUUUUCAACUUCUUCUGCUAGUGAGGAAAGCACAAGUGCCUCAUCCUCUGUAACAAGCUUGGAAACAAGCACGAAGACAUCUGAAGACACAACAACAACGCCACUUACAAGUACAACAUAUGAAACUUCCGGAAUGGUGAGCUCAACAACAAGUGUGACAACGGAGUCUUCCAGUAGCACUGAGGGUGCCACAAUAUCUGUAGAAACGUCUCCAACCAUUUCGACUACUCUAGAAAUCAGCUCAACUGAAAGAGUAAGUGAGGAAAGUUCCACUCCCACUACGCCUGUUGAAAGUACAACUUUUGAGAGUUCCUCUUCUGUAAGCUCAACAGAGAGUACAAAUGAGACUCUAACUACCACAGGAGCAAGUACAUAUUCCACAACAUCUGAGGAAUUAUCAACAUUUUCAACUUCUUCUGCUAGUGAGGAAAGUACAAGUGCCUCAUCCUCUGUAACAAGCUUGGAAACAAGCACGAAGACAUCUGAAGACACAACAACAACACCACUUACAAGUACAACAUAUGAGACUUCCGGAAUGGUGAGCUCAACAACAAGUGUGACAACGGAGUCUUCCAGUAGCACUGAGGGUGCCACAAUAUCUGUAGAAACGUCUCCAACCAUUUCGACUACUCUAGAAAUCAGCUCAACUGAAAGAGUAAGUGAGGAAAGUUCCACUCCCACUACGCCUGUUGAAAGUACAACUUUUGAGACUUCCUCUUCUGCAAGCUCAACAGAGAGUACAAAUGAGACUCUAACUACCACAGGAGCAAGUACAUAUUCCACAACAUCUGAGGAAUUAUCAACAUUUUCAACUUCUUCUGCUAGUGAGGAAAGUACAAGUGCCUCAUCCUCUGUAACAAGCUUGGAAACAAGCACGAAGACAUCUGAAGACACAACAACAACGCCACUUACAAGUACAACAUAUGAAACUUCCGGAAUGGUGAGCUCAACAACAAGUGUGACAGCGGAGUCUUCCAGUAGCACUGAGGGUGCCACAAUAUCUGUAGAAACGUCUCCAACCAUUUCGACUACUCUAGAAAUCAGCUCAACUGAAAUAGUAAGUGAGGAAAGUUCCACUCCCACUACGCCUGUUGGAAGUACAACUUUUGAGAGUUCCUCUUCUGUAAGCUCAACAGAGAGUACAAAUGAGACUCUAACUACCACAGGAGCAAGUACAUAUUCCACAACAUCUGAGGAAUUAUCAACAUUUUCAACUUCUUCUGCUAGUGAGGAAAGUACAAGUGCCUCAUCCUCUGUAACAAGCUUGGAAACAAGCACGAAGACAUCUGAAGACACAACAACAACGCCACUUACAAGUACAACAUAUGAAACUUCCGGAAUGGUGAGCUCAACAACAAGUGUGACAGCGGAGUCUUCCAGUAGCACUGAGGGUGCCACAAUAUCUGUAGAAACGUCUCCAACCAUUUCGACUACUCUAGAAAUCAGCUCAACUGAAAGAGUAAGUGAGGAAAGUUCCACUCCCAUUACGCCUGUUGAAAGUACAACUUUUGAGACUUCCUCUUCUGUAAGCUCAACAGAGAGUACAAAUGAGACUCUAACUACCACAGGAGCAAGUACAUAUUCCACAACAUCUGAGGAAUUAUCAACAUUUUCAACUUCUUCUGCUAGUGAGGAAAGUACAAGUGCCUCAUCCUCUGUAACAAGCUUGGAAACAAGCACGAAGACAUCUGAAGACACAACAACAACGCCACUUACAAGUACAACAUAUGAAACUUCCGGAAUGAUGAGCUCAACAACAAGUGUGACAACGGAGUCUUCCAGUAGCACUGAGGGUGCCACAAUAUCUGUAGAAACGUCUCCAACCAUUUCGACUACUCUAGAAAUCAGCUCAACUGAAAGAGUAAGUGAGGAAAGUUCCACUCCCCCUACGCCUGUUGAAAGUACAACUUUUGAGACUUCCUCUUCUGUAAGCUCAACAGAGAGUACAAAUGAGACUCUAACUACCACAGGAGCAAGUACAUAUUCCACAACAUCUGAGGAAUUAUCAACAUUUUCAACUUCUUCUGCUAGUGAGGAAAGUACAAGUGCCUCAUCCUCUGUAACAAGCUUGGAAACAAGCACGAAGACAUCUGAAGACACAACAACAACGCCACUUACAAGUACAACAUAUGAAACUUCCGGAAUGGUGAGCUCAACAACAAGUGUGACAGCGGAGUCUUCCAGUAGCACUGAGGGUGCCACAAUAUCUGUAGAAACGUCUCCAACCAUUUCGACUACUCUAGAAAUCAGCUCAACUGAAAGAGUAAGUGAGGAAAGUUCCACUCCCACUACGCCUGUUGAAAGUACAACUUUUGAGACUUCCUCUUCUGCAAGCUCAACAGAGAGUACAAAUGAGACUCUAACUACCACAGGAGCAAGUACAUAUUCCACAACAUCUGAGGAAUUAUCAACAUUUUCAACUUCUUCUGCUAGUGAGGAAAGUACAAGUGCCUCAUCCUCUGUAACAAGCUUGGAAACAAGCACGAAGACAUCUGAAGACACAACAACAACGCCACUUACAAGUACAACAUAUGAAACUUCCGGAAUGGUGAGCUCAACAACAAGUGUGACAGCGGAGUCUUCCAGUAGCACUGAGGGUGCCACAAUAUCUGUAGAAACGUCUCCAACCAUUUCGACUACUCUAGAAAUCAGCUCAACUGAAAGAGUAAGUGAGGAAAGUUCCACUCCCACUACGCCUGUUGAAAGUACAACUUUUGAGACUUCCUCUUCUGCAAGCUCAACAGAGAGUACAAAUGAGACUCUAACUACCACAGGAGCAAGUACAUAUUCCACAACAUCUGAGGAAUUAUCAACAUUUUCAACUUCUUCUGCUAGUGAGGAAAGCACAAGUGCCUCAUCCUCUGUAACAAGCUUGGAAACAAGCACGAAGACAUCUGAAGACACAACAACAACGCCACUUACAAGUACAACAUAUGAAACUUCCGGAAUGGUGAGCUCAACAACAAGUGUGACAACGGAGUCUUCCAGUAGCACUGAGGGUGCCACAAUAUCUGUAGAAACGUCUCCAACCAUUUCGACUACUCUAGAAAUCAGCUCAACUGAAAGAGUAAGUGAGGAAAGUACCACUCCCACUACGCCUGUUGAAAGUACAACUUUUGAGAGUUCCUCUUCUGUAAGCUCAACAGAGAGUACAAAUGAGACUCUAACUACCACAGGAGCAAGUACAUAUUCCACAACAUCUGAGGAAUUAUCAACAUUUUCAACUUCUUCUGCUAGUGAGGAAAGUACAAGUGCCUCAUCCUCUGUAACAAGCUUGGAAACAAGCACGAAGACAUCUGAAGACACAACAACAACGCCACUUACAAGUACAACAUAUGAAACUUCCGGAAUGGUGAGCUCAACAACAAGUGUGACAGCGGAGUCUUACAGUAGCACUGAGGGUGCCACAAUAUCUGUAGAAACGUCUCCAACCAUUUCGACUACUCUAGAAAUCAGCUCAACUGAAAGAGUAAGUGAGGAAAGUUCCACUCCCACUACGCCUGUUGAAAGUACAACUUUUGAGACUUCCUCUUCUGCAAGCUCAACAGAGAGUACAAAUGAGACUCUAACUACCACAGGAGCAAGUACAUAUUCCACAACAUCUGAGGAAUUAUCAACAUUUUCAACUUCUUCUGCUAGUGAGGAAAGUACAAGUGCCUCAUCCUCUGUAACAAGCUUGGAAACAAGCACGAAGACAUCUGAAGACACAACAACAACGCCACUUACAAGUACAACAUAUGAAACUUCCGGAAUGGUGAGCUCAACAACAAGUGUGACAACGGAGUCUUCCAGUAGCACUGAGGGUGCCACAAUAUCUGUAGAAACGUCUCCAACCAUUUCGACUACUCUAGAAAUCAGCUCAACUGAAAGAGUAAGUGAGGAAAGUUCCACUCCCACUACGCCUGUUGAAAGUACAACUUUUGAGACUUCCUCUUCUGCAAGCUCAACAGAGAGUACAAAUGAGACUCUAACUACCACAGGAGCAAGUACAUAUUCCACAACAUCUGAGGAAUUAUCAACAUUUUCAACUUCUUCUGCUAGUGAGGAAAGUACAAGUGCCUCAUCCUCUGUAACAAGCUUGGAAACAAGCACGAAGACAUCUGAAGACACAACAACAACGCCACUUACAAGUACAACAUAUGAAACUUCCGGAAUGGUGAGCUCAACAACAAGUGUGACAGCGGAGUCUUACAGUAGCACUGAGGGUGCCACAAUAUCUGUAGAAACGUCUCCAACCAUUUCGACUACUCUAGAAAUCAGCUCAACUGAAAGAGUAAGUGAGGAAAGUUCCACUCCCACUACGCCUGUUGAAAGUACAACUUUUGAGACUUCCUCUUCUGCAAGCUCAACAGAGAGUACAAAUGAGACUCUAACUACCACAGGAGCAAGUACAUAUUCCACAACAUCUGAGGAAUUAUCAACAUUUUCAACUUCUUCUGCUAGUGAGGAAAGUACAAGUGCCUCAUCCUCUGUAACAAGCUUGGAAACAAGCACGAAGACAUCUGAAGACACAACAACAACGCCACUUACAAGUACAACAUAUGAAACUUCCGGAAUGGUGAGCUCAACAACAAGUGUGACAGCGGAGUCUUCCAGUAGCACUGAGGGUGCCACAAUAUCUGUAGAAACGUCUCCAACCAUUUCGACUACUCUAGAAAUCAGCUCAACUGAAAGAGUAAGUGAGGAAAGUUCCACUCCCACUACGCCUGUUGAAAGUACAACUUUUGAGACUUCCUCUUCUGUAAGCUCAACAGAGAGUACAAAUGAGACUCUAACUACCACAGGAGCAAGUACAUAUUCCACAACAUCUGAGGAAUUAUCAACAUUUUCAACUUCUUCUGCUAGUGAGGAAAGUACAAGUGCCUCAUCCUCUGUAACAAGCUUGGAAACAAGCACGAAGACAUCUGAAGACACAACAACAACGCCACUUACAAGUACAACAUAUGAAACUUCCGGAAUGAAGAGCUCAACAACAAGUGUGACAUCGGAGUCUUCCAGUAGCACUGAGGGUGCCACAAUAUCUGUAGAAACGUCUCCAACCAUUUCGACUACUCUAGAAAUCAGCUCAACUGAAAGAGUAAGUGAGGAAAGUUCCACUCCCACUACGCCUGUUGAAAGUACAACUUUUGAGAGUUCCUCUUCUGUAAGCUCAACAGAGAGUACAAAUGAGACUCUAACUACCACAGGAGCAAGUACAUAUUCCACAACAUCUGAGGAAUUAUCAACAUUUUCAACUUCUUCUGCUAGUGAGGAAAGUACAAGUGCCUCAUCCUCUGUAACAAGCUUGGAAACAAGCACGAAGACAUCUGAAGACACAACAACAACGCCACUUACAAGUACAACAUAUGAAACUUCCGGAAUGGUGAGCUCAACAACAAGUGUGACAACGGAGUCUUCCAGUAGCACUGAGGGUGCCACAAUAUCUGUAGAAACGUCUCCAACCAUUUCGACUACUCUAGAAAUCAGCUCAACUGAAAGAGUAAGUGAGGAAAGUACCACUCCCACUACGCCUGUUGAAAGUACAACUUUUGAGACUUCCUCUUCUGUAAGCUCAACAGAGAGUACAAAUGAGACUCUAACUACCACAGGAGCAAGUACAUAUUCCACAACAUCUGAGGAAUUAUCAACAUUUUCAACUUCUUCUGCUAGUGAGGAAAGUACAAGUGCCUCAUCCUCUGUAACAAGCUUGGAAACAAGCACGAAGACAUCUGAAGACACAACAACAACGCCACUUACAAGUACAACAUAUGAAACUUCCGGAAUGGUGAGCUCAACAACAAGUGUGACAACGGAGUCUUCCAGUAGCACUGAGGGUGCCACAAUAUCUGUAGAAACGUCUCCAACCAUUUCGACUACUCUAGAAAUCAGCUCAACUGAAAGAAGUACAAAUGAGACUCUAACUACCACAGGAGCAAGUACAUAUUCCACAACAUCUGAGGAAUUAUCAACAUUUUCAACUUCUUCUGCUAGUGAGGAAAGUACAAGUGCCUCAUCCUCUAUAACAAGCUUGGAAACAAGCACGAAGACAUCUGAAGACACAACAACAACGCCACUUACAAGUACAACAUAUGAAACUUCCGGAAUGGUGAGCUCAACAACAAGUGUGACAGCGGAGUCUUCCAGUAGCACUGAGGGUGCCACAAUAUCUGUAGAAACGUCUCCAACCAUUUCGACUACUCUAGAAAUCAGCUCAACUGAAAGAGUAAGUGAGGAAAGUUCCACUCCCACUACGCCUGUUGAAAGUACAACUUUUGAGACUUCCUCUUCUGCAAGCUCAACAGAGAGUACAAAUGAGACUCUAACUACCACAGGAGCAAGUACAUAUUCCACAACAUCUGAGGAAUUAUCAACAUUUUCAACUUCUUCUGCUAGUGAGGAAAGUACAAGUGCCUCAUCCUCUGUAACAAGCUUGGAAACAAGCACGAAGACAUCUGAAGACACAACAACAACGCCACUUACAAGUACAACAUAUGAAACUUCCGGAAUGGUGAGCUCAACAACAAGUGUGACAACGGAGUCUUACAGUAGCACUGAGGGUGCCACAAUAUCUGUAGAAACGUCUCCAACCAUUUCGACUACUCUAGAAAUCAGCUCAACUGAAAGAGUAAGUGAGGAAAGUUCCACUCCCACUACGCCUGUUGAAAGUACAACUUUUGAGACUUCCUCUUCUGUAAGCUCAACAGAGAGUACAAAUGAGACUCUAACUACCACAGGAGCAAGUACAUAUUCCACAACAUCUGAGGAAUUAUCAACAUUUUCAACUUCUUCUGCUAGUGAGGAAAGUACAAGUGCCUCAUCCUCUGUAACAAGCUUGGAAACAAGCACGAAGACAUCUGAAGACACAACAACAACGCCACUUACAAGUACAACAUAUGAAACUUCCGGAAUGGUGAGCUCAACAACAAGUGUGACAGCGGAGUCUUCCAGUAGCAUAGAGGGUGCCACAAUAUCUGUAGAAACGUCUCCAACCAUUUCGACUACUCUAGAAAUCAGCUCAACUGAAAGAGUAAGUGAGGAAAGUUCCACUCCCAUUACGCCUGUUGAAAGUACAACUUUUGAGACUUCCUCUUCUGUAAGCUCAACAGAGAGUACAAAUGAGACUCUAACUACCACAGGAGCAAGUACAUAUUCCACAACAUCUGAGGAAUUAUCAACAUUUUCAACUUCUUCUGCUAGUGAGGAAAGUACAAGUGCCUCAUCCUCUGUAACAAGCUUGGAAACAAGCACGAAGACAUCUGAAGACACAACAACAACGCCACUUACAAGUACAACAUAUGAAACUUCCGGAAUGGUGAGCUCAACAACAAGUGUGACAGCGGAGUCUUCCAGUAGCACUGAGGGUGCCACAAUAUCUGUAGAAACGUCUCCAACCAUUUCGACUACUCUAGAAAUCAGCUCAACUGAAAGAGUAAGUGAGGAAAGUACCACUCCCACUACGCCUGUUGAAAGUACAACUUUUGAGACUUCCUCUUCUGCAAGCUCAACAGAGAGUACAAAUGAGACUCUAACUACCACAGGAGCAAGUACAUAUUCCACAACAUCUGAGGAAUUAUCAACAUUUUCAACUUCUUCUGCUAGUGAGGAAAGUACAAGUGCCUCAUCCUCUAUAACAAGCUUGGAAACAAGCACGAAGACAUCUGAAGACACAACAACAACGCCACUUACAAGUACAACAUAUGAAACUUCCGGAAUGGUGAGCUCAACAACAAGUGUGACAGCGGAGUCUUCCAGUAGCACUGAGGGUGCCACAAUAUCUGUAGAAACGUCUCCAACCAUUUCGACUACUCUAGAAAUCAGCUCAACUGAAAGAGUAAGUGAGGAAAGUACCACUCCCACUACGCCUGUUGAAAGUACAACUUUUGAGACUUCCUCUUCUGCAAGCUCAACAGAGAGUACAAAUGAGACUCUAACUACCACAGGAGCAAGUACAUAUUCCACAACAUCUGAGGAAUUAUCAACAUUUUCAACUUCUUCUGCUAGUGAGGAAAGCUCAAGUGCCUCAUCCUCUGUAACAAGCUUGGAAACAAGCACGAAGACAUCUGAAGACACAACAACAACGCCACUUACAAGUACAACAUAUGAAACUUCCGGAAUGGUGAGCUCAACAACAAGUGUGACAACGGAGUCUUACAGUAGCACUGAGGGUGCCACAAUAUCUGUAGAAACGUCUCCAACCAUUUCGACUACUCUAGAAAUCAGCUCAACUGAAAGAGUAAGUGAGGAAAGUUCCACUCCCACUACGCCUGUUGAAAGUACAACUUUUGAGAGUUCCUCUUCUGUAAGCUCAACAGAGAGUACAAAUGAGACUCUAACUACCACAGGAGCAAGUACAUAUUCCACAACAUCUGAGGAAUUAUCAACAUUUUCAACUUCUUCUGCUAGUGAGGAAAGUACAAGUGCCUCAUCCUCUGUAACAAGCUUGGAAACAAGCACGAAGACAUCUGAAGACACAACAACAACGCCACUUACAAGUACAACAUAUGAAACUUCCGGAAUGGUGAGCUCAACAACAAGUGUGACAGCGGAGUCUUCCAGUAGCACUGAGGGUGCCACAAUAUCUGUAGAAACGUCUCCAACCAUUUCGACUACUCUAGAAAUCAGCUCAACUGAAAGAGUAAGUGAGGAAAGUUCCACUCCCACUACGCCUGUUGAAAGUACAACUUUUGAGAGUUCCUCUUCUGUAAGCUCAACAGAGAGUACAAAUGAGACUCUAACUACCACAGGAGCAAGUACAUAUUCAACAACAUCUGAGGAAUUAUCAACAUUUUCAACUUCUUCUGCUAGUGAGGAAAGUACAAGUGCCUCAUCCUCUGUAACAAGCUUGGAAACAAGCACGAAGACAUCUGAAGACACAACAACAACGCCACUUACAAGUACAACAUAUGAAACUUCCGGAAUGGUGAGCUCAACAACAAGUGUGACAGCGGAGUCUUCCAGUAGCACUGAGGGUGCCACAAUAUCUGUAGAAACGUCUCCAACCAUUUCGACUACUCUAGAAAUCAGCUCAACAGAAAGAGUAGGUGAGGAAAGUUCCACUCCCACUACGCCUGUUGAAAGUACAACUUUUGAGACUUCCUCUUCUGUAAGCUCAACAGAGAGUACAAAUGAGACUCUAACUACCACAGGAGCAAACACAACAACAACGCCACUUACAAGUACAACAUAUGAAACUUCCGGAAUGGUGAGCUCAACAACAAGUGUGACAACGGAGUCUUCCAGUAGCACUGAGGGUGCCACAAUAUCUGUAGAAACGUCUCCAACCAUUUCGACUACUCUAGAAAUCAGCUCAACUGAAAGAGUAAGUGAGGAAAGUUCCACUCCCACUACGCCUGUUGAAAGUACAACUUUUGAGACUUCCUCUUCUGCAAGCUCAACAGAGAGUACAAAUGAGACUCUAACUACCACAGGAGCAAGUACAUAUUCCACAACAUCUGAGGAAUUAUCAACAUUUUCAACUUCUUCUGCUAGUGAGGAAAGUACAAGUGCCUCAUCCUCUGUAACAAGCUUGGAAACAAGCACGAAGACAUCUGAAGACACAACAACAAAACCACUUACAAGUACAACAUAUGAAACUUCCGGAAUGGUGAGCUCAACAACAAGUGUGACAUCGGAGUCUUCCAGUAGCACUGAGGGUGCCACAAUAUCUGUAGAAACGUCUCCAACCAUUUCGACUACUCUAGAAAUCAGCUCAACUGAAAGAGUAAGUGAGGAAAGUUCCACUCCCACUACGCCUGUUGAAAGUACAUCUUUUGAGACUUCCUCUUCUGCAAGCUCAACAGAGAGUACAAAUGAGACUCUAACUACCACAGGAGCAAGUACAUAUUCCACAACAUCUGAGGAAUUAUCAACAUUUUCAACUUCUUCUGCUAGUGAGGAAAGUACAAGUGCCUCAUCCUCUGUAACAAGCUUGGAAACAAGCACGAAGACAUCUGAAGACACAACAACAACGCCACUUACAAGUACAACAUAUGAAACUUCCGGAAUGGUGAGCUCAACAACAAGUGUGACAACGGAGUCUUCCAGUAGCACUGAGGGUGCCACAAUAUCUGUAGAAACGUCUCCAACCAUUUCGACUACUCUAGAAAUCAGCUCAACUGAAAGAGUAAGUGAGGAAAGUACCACUCCCACUACGCCUGUUGAAAGUACAACUUUUGAGACUUCCUCUUCUGCAAGCUCAACAGAGAGUACAAAUGAGACUCUAACUACCACAGGAGCAAGUACAUAUUCCACAACAUCUGAGGAAUUAUCAACAUUUUCAACUUCUUCUGCUAGUGAGGAAAGUACAAGUGCCUCAUCCUCUGUAACAAGCUUGGAAACAAGCACGAAGACAUCUGAAGACACAACAACAACGCCACUUACAAGUACAACAUAUGAAACUUCCGGAAUGGUGAGCUCAACAACAAGUGUGACAACGGAGUCUUCCAGUAGCACUGAGGGUGCCACAAUAUCUGUAGAAACGUCUCCAACCAUUUCGACUACUCUAGAAAUCAGCUCAACUGAAAGAGUAAGUGAGGAAAGUACCACUCCCACUACGCCUGUUGAAAGUACAACUGUGAUAGUAGAGUUUUCAAGUAGCAGUCAGGAUGCCACCAUUUCUCAAGGGACAUCUCCAAUUAUUUUGACUACUCUUGAUAUUACCUCUGGCUUGUCUUCGGGACAUCCUACAACGGCAUCGACCAUUUCUAGUACAACGGAAGUUGUCUCAACAUCUGUUUCAGACAAAUCUAGUAUAGGGUCCACAACAGGAAUACAGGACACAACAGGAGAUUCAACAAGUAUGAUGUCAACUACACAAGUGAACAGUUAA